CGAAUAGAGGUCGUUCGUGAGCUGCCGUCUCCGUUCAACCCCCGUACACAUAGAAGAGUCUCUCCCACCCUCCCACUCUUCACCGUUUACCGUGUUUUAAUCCGCGACAUAUCACGGAACGGACCACGAGAAGUAAAGUACGCGCAAACUGCAUUCGCCAAAUUCUUUGGCCUAAUCUUCUUCCUCGUCUUCUUAUUUAUUUUGGUGACUCUACUACAGCCGGGUUUUGUUAAAGCUUCCAAAUGGGCAAAGAAAAGAUCCACAUAAACAUCGUGGUGAUUGGUCACGUGGAUUCGGGAAAAUCCACGACCACCGGUCAUCUGAUUUACAAAUGCGGCGGUAUCGAUAAACGUACGAUCGAAAAAUUCGAAAAAGAGGCCCAAGAGAUGGGCAAGGGCUCGUUCAAGUACGCGUGGGUUUUGGACAAAUUGAAAGCCGAACGCGAGCGAGGCAUCACCAUCGACAUCGCCCUUUGGAAAUUCGAGACGGCCAAGUAUUACGUGACAAUCAUCGAUGCGCCAGGUCAUCGUGAUUUCAUAAAAAACAUGAUAACCGGUACGAGUCAGGCCGAUUGCGCGGUCCUUAUCGUGGCCGCUGGUAUCGGUGAAUUCGAAGCUGGAAUUUCAAAGAACGGCCAGACCCGCGAGCAUGCCUUGCUCGCGUUCACUCUCGGCGUAAAACAGCUGAUCGUCGGCGUAAACAAAAUGGACAUGACCGACCCACCGUACUCGGAGAGUCGAUUCGAAGAAAUAAAAAAGGAGGUGUCGUCCUAUAUCAAGAAGAUCGGUUACAAUACGGCGUCGGUAGCGUUCGUCCCAAUUUCUGGCUGGCACGGCGACAACAUGCUCGAGUCGUCCCGAAAAACGCUCUGGUACAGGGGCUGGAAAGUCGAACGUAAGGACGGCAACGCCGAUGGCAAGACUCUGAUCGAAGCACUCGACGCCAUCUUACCGCCAUCGAGACCAACCGACAAAGCACUUCGUUUGCCUCUCCAGGACGUUUACAAGAUCGGUGGUAUCGGCACCGUGCCCGUUGGUCGCGUCGAGACCGGCAUCCUCAAACCAGGAAUGUUGGUGACCUUCGCUCCGGCUGCACUUACCACCGAGGUGAAAUCCGUCGAGAUGCAUCACGAGGCCUUGACGGAGGCCUUGCCAGGCGACAACGUUGGUUUCAACGUCAAAAACAUUUCGGUUAAGGAGCUGAGACGCGGCUACGUUGCAGGGGACUCGAAAAAUCAGCCACCUCGCGGCGCGGCCGACUUCACCGCCCAGGUGAUCGUUCUCAAUCAUCCCGGACAGAUCAGCAACGGUUACACGCCAGUCCUCGACUGCCAUACCGCUCAUAUCGCCUGCAAAUUUGCCGAGAUAAAGCAAAAGUGCGACCGCCGUACCGGUAAAAUCACCGAAGAGAAUCCAAGGAGUAUAAAAAGCGGGGACGCGGCCAUCGUGAUAUUGCAGCCGAGCAAGCCAAUGUGCGUCGAGGCAUUCCAAGAGUUCCCGCCUCUUGGUCGUUUCGCUGUGCGCGAUAUGCGUCAGACCGUUGCCGUGGGCGUCAUCAAGAGCGUCAAUUUCAAAGACACUCAGGGCAAGGUUACAAAGGCCGCGGAAAAGGCCCAAAAGAAAAAGUAACCAUCAAGCUUCCUCGGAAGGUCCAAGUUGACGACUGGUCGGCGCUCCAAAAAUGCCGCCGCCACCACCACCACCACCACCACCACCGGCAGGGUCUUUUAUUCCAGCAUGGCGCAGUUCACCACCGCUGUUCCUACGUUCGAUCCUCACUCGAUUAAUAUCAAAAGUGAAAAGAUGUUCUGCUUGCCCCCGUUACAUUACCCAAUAGUAUUGAAUCCGCGCAUCUAUCCGAACCUGCACAUACAAUUCACCCAUACCCCGCGCACCCCUCACAUAUGCUAGGGUUCAUUGGGUUUUUACUUAAUUAUUACGUCGACGGUGUGUGUGUGUGUGUGUGUCCAUUUACAGGUAAUUACUCGGUUUCCUUGGACUCUGUGUAGUAGUUAGGUUUUUCAAUUAAUAUAUUGAUGAAAGAACGAAAAGACAGGCGGGAUGCGCCGUUGUAUGACGCAUUAUUAUUCGACGACGUUCUGCGUACGAGGCAGCGUGCCACCCCCGACUAACAAGGCAAAAACGCUGAUGGAAAGAUAGAAUUGACUAAAAUAAAAAUAGCGUCCAACGUGGAGAACCAGAUUAUAACUUUCAUCUCUUUCACCAUUUGCCCCUCUGCAUUUGUCUUUAACAACGCGCACUUGCAAAGAGAGCUUUACUUUAAACUAGCCUGCGCUAGUUUGUUCAAAAUCCGCUGCCUCGCAUUCCCGUACUUUUAAUCAAUUCGUUUCGAAUAAUUCGUUAAGGCUGAUUUGUUCGAAAAUUUGGUUGUCUCGUUGUAAUUCAUUUGACUACUUAUAUAAGAAUAUCUAUAUCUAUUAUUUAUCAUCUCUUUCAAUUUUAUCAACUCAUCUCUUAAUAAUUCUUUCUUGUGACUCGCAACAAGAUGAACAGAGGCAACGUUCGAUCGUAAGGGCGCGAGUCUCCUUACCAGCCCUCAUCGCCGUUGAUUCCUUCACCGGUGAAUUCUGCAUUCCUCCACCGCUCCACACAUUCCAUUCUUCGUCAUUCCCUAUCUGUUUCUAUAUUCUCAUAGACGCGUUCUAUAAUUGUUUUGCCCCUUAGCCAGAUAUUAUGUUAAAAAUAAAUAAUAAAAACAAAAUUUAAUUGCAUAUCGCAAAUCGUCUUUUUUCUUGUCAUCGAAGAUUUCUUUAGUCCAGAUAAUAAUAUAUUGCUAAUAUUGUACGAUUGGUAUAUAAUACAUGGGUGAGAAUACAAA